CGCACUAUUGUUCGUAGAGACGCCAAAGAACGAAGAGCAGCGAAUGACAAGCGUUCGAUACGAAAUCGACGUUUCAGUCGUUGAGUAUGCGUUUGCGAAGUUCACUGCCACCGCAAAGGGACCUGUGCGGCUCGAUCUUACAGCAGGUGGCUCAGCCGGCGCCCAUGCUUUACGACCGUUUUGAACUAUUACUCGCGUGCUUGCCAAGAUCUCAAACUUCCUCAGCCCUAUAUGCGUCUGAGCCGUCGAUGUUUUGUCGUUCUUCUCAUCUGCUAGGAAACCUCACGAGACUUUCUGAUACCCUCGUUUUGCUUCACCAUAGGAUACCUUAUAUUUCUUCUUCGCCCUUGACUUUUCCCAACAGCCCAACUCAACCACUUCGAUUUACUUUGACUAGGUCAUCAUGGAGAUAAACCCCGUGGUUAGUAUCGCACGCUGAGCAACAACGGUUACCUAACUACGACUAGUGCGAUACAUGCAAGAUGCGAAAGGUCAAAUGCGAUCGUAAUGAUCCCUGUGGCAAUUGUGUAGACGGCAAUAUACAAUGCAAACGUACAGCUUCAGCCCGCGGCACAACCAAACGACGAAGAGGCGCUGAAGUCAUGCCGGCACAUAAGCAAAGCCGACGUCACGAGCUCCAAACAUCACCCGCAUCCUCACACUCUCCCAGUAUGCCUCCAUCGCCGUCAAUACUGGAAGCUCAGGACUUUAUUCGCCGAGAGAUCAAGACCGGGAAUCAUAUGCCCGCGGAUAGGUUAGCUGUUUUGAAAGAGGCGAUGUCCUUUGUGAACCAUCUCUCUCAAGUCAACAAGCCAUGGGACAAUACUAACUCACCUACUGCGCGAGUUCUUGAUGUAUUGGAAGACAUAUCAUACCCUAACAUCGAGGUUCUGUAUUGGAUGGUCCGUGACUUGAAAGGACGCAACCUUGGACCCCAUGUGAUGGAUUACUUUAAGCACGUUUCUCCAAAAUCUCUCAAGAACAUGGGACACGCAUUGAUUUACAAGACCGUGGAUCCUGAGACCCUGCUACUCUAUUCAAUCUGCGUGAACUCCGCUGCCUUCAAGUUUAUCAAUACUGUGCUAGAGGAGGACAGUAUGGGAGAAGUUGGAGCGGGUAUGCUUGAAAGUGCUUCGAAGUAUCUCAAAAGUAUUAAGCUGGCCAUGACGCGUAUUCACCUGCUAUCUGCUCCUUCGCUUGUUCUUCUACAGUCACUUCUGUGCAGCGCAUUCAUCGCGCAGGGCGCUGGAGAGUUGACACAUUGCUGGACGUUCAUCACAGCUGCUUGUAGAAUGUGCGAAGAUCUAGGCCUUGAAGCCCAGGUAAAAGCCUGCAGAACCGAGACAGAGGACGACAUAGAGAUCUACUACUGUUACACAUGGUGUCAUAUCCUUGACAAGAACUACUCCAUGAUGCAGGGAAAGAGCCGCUUUCUGCUUGAGUACGAUGGCUUGGAUGCGGCAUUGUCGUCGCCCUUCAACAAAGAUAUGUCAUCUCUGCUAUCCACUUACUUACACUUCGUCCCUAUCCAGGCGAUAUACAUGUCGGAGCUGCAUCCAGAUCGGAUAUCGAACAAAAAGUCGCUUCUAUCAAGAGUCGAAAUUGUGGUCAAGGAUUUGCUUGAGAGACUGGAGCGGGUAUACACCAGAAUAACGAGUUUGCAUGCUGCGUCGGAGUCGUGGGGUGGCCUACACGUUGCGAGUGAGCUGGGUACCGUUCAAUUCUCAUAUCAUUCGCUCCGGACUUCUAUUCUACGCUCAAGACAGAUCUGUCAGCCCUCAAAACCGCAUAUUGACAUCGAUUGUCUUCAAUCCGCGCGUAUGGCUAUGACUACUCUCAAGGUCAUUCAGAAAGAGUCUAUGACCAUCACUGAUGUUCGAGCACAUAUAUCGUAUAUGCAUUGGACCGUACUCUACCACCCAUUGACGCCUUUCUUCGUCCUGUUCUGUAACAUUGUAGCCUCGUCCAACGAGUCAGAUUUUGAGUUGCUUACCACCGUUACGUCUCAGCUCGACGGACUUGCGGAUCUGAGCCCUCCGAUUGCCAAAUUACAGACACUCUUCAAGUCAUUCCUUGGGCUUUGCGAAGGUCUUGUCACCGGAACCAAGGAGACGUCACCAUACGCAGCGCAAUGCAUGUACCCCCAGCAGACCACCGGACAGGACCGAGCAGUUACGUCUGCACCGCAGCCUCCUGUUCAGUUGGCUGGGGGGCAACUGCAGUUGCCUACGAACACGAAUGAGAUCAACGCUGAAUACCCAAAUUUGGUUCAGUCCGCUGACGAUGUGGCGAUGGAAUUUCCGAUCGAUAAUGGUUUAGGCUCACUCGACCCAAGUUGGGAUUUGUUCGAUACCCAACCUACCAUGGGAUGGCUGGAUGCCGACUUCUCAUUCUUUGAUGGCAAUCAAUGAUUUAAUGACAGACACGGACGUUGUAUAUUUCACCUCGUUGGUUCGAUCAAAGUGUCUGCGCAUGAUACAGCUCCACUCUAAUGAUUCAUCGAUUGACGAUUAUGGACAGGGAGCAAAAAUCCCAGCAUGUACCCAUUGGGAGCCUCUAUGGCCAAACUAUCUCUUGCCAAGGUGCCAUAGCGACUCCUGACAUAUAUAUCCUAGCCAUGCGCAACGCCAGAACGACACAGCUCAGAAUCGCCAAUCUCAUACGUACUGGCCUGAUCCCAGCCUAUCAUCUCGCUAUAAAAUGCAUUAUCGUAUCGAGGGGCUGGUGACGGCAACGAGAAUCUUGGCGUGCCGACUAAAAAUAGCCGGAUCUGGACACUAGUAUCUUACACUCGCUGCUGGACGAACACCGGGAGACAAAGUGUUUUCACUGUAGAUAAAACUGGAGGAGGGUUUCAGAGGCAUCAUGUUAUCAAUUUUGCGCACUCUGCAUUCGCACAC